GACGGGAAGCAUGAAAAGCCCUAAUUGCUUUGAUUCCUUUGGGGAUCCGCAAAUCCUUUGUCAUUCACUACGUGGAAAUGGUUUGCCUUCCCAGCCCACAAGCCCUGACAGAUAUUUUCUUCUCCCCUCCCCAAGCAGCAGAUGCACUAUCAUACACCGUACCAUGACCUUUUCGGCCUGGUACGAGAGCCAUCAUGACUGUGUCGGAGGCAAUAAAUACACCCCGGGCUUCCCUAGUCCUGGCUCUACAAUGCUUUAGCAAACCACAUCUUUUCAGUGACCUUCUUUUGUACAUCUACUUCGUGAAGGGGCCUGCGCUUCGGCGUGUCAUUCCAUUUUAUCGUCAGCCUCUUCAUCUGUCUUUGUCAAAUCUUUCUUCUUGUCGUCUUCGUUAUCAUGUCCACCCCUACAGCCAGUGCUGCGUCUGUAGACCAGCCAACAGACGCAUCCUCCGUCGCGGACCUGGAGGCUGAUGACAAACCUCCCAACGAGCAUGUGCGAAACACCACCCAAUCGCAGCAUAUCACCUUCCACGGUCCUCAUUCCCCAGACGGCAGCCGUUCCAUCUAUUCUCCUGGGGUCAAACGUUCCCGCAGCCGUGACACCAUCCGAAGCGCACGCAACAUUCCCCAAUCCUCAGCGGCAGUCGGUAUCCCGAUCGAGUAUCGUACCAUCUCAUUCCAGAUCUCCGAGUCCCAAACAGCCCCAGAGCACGUACUGAAAGAACGAGGAAAGGAUGACAAGAAGCCAAACCAAGAUUACUUUGAAGGUUUAGACUUUCAUGUGCUCAGUGCCGACCGGUUGUGUCAGCAGUUCAACGUCGACGCAAAUCACGGGCUGAGUACUGAUUCGGCAGCGACUCGUCUGCAACGAGAUGGAAAGAACAUCAUUGCACAUCACAGAGAGAACUACCUGAAGAAAAUCCUGGGCUAUGUUUUCGGUGGAUUCUGCUCCGUCCUCUGGGUUGGUGUGAUCGUCUUCUUCCUGUGCUGGAAGCCUCUCAGCAACCCUCCCUCCGUCACAAAUCUAGCCAUGGCGAUCCUGGUAAUCAUCGUCAUUGUCCUGCAAGCCUCUUUCUCCGCCUUUCAGGAUUGGUCGACGUCGCGCGUGAUGAAUUCGAUCUUGGGCCUUCUGCCGGCGGAAGCUCUGGUCCUGCGUGAAGGGAGCCUUAUCAGAUUACCAGCUACCGACCUGGUCGCUGGGGAUGUUGUUCAGAUCUCUAUAGGCAACAAAGUGCCCGCUGACAUGCGCAUCAUCAAGAGCUCGGGUGAUGUUCGAUUUGACCGAUCCAUCCUGACGGGCGAGUCGGACGAGGUCGACGGUGCCACCGAUGCAACGGAUCAGAACUUCCUGGAGACACGCAAUAUCGCCUUCAUGGGCACCAGUGUCACCAACGGCAAUGCUAUUGGGGUUGUUGUCCUGACUGGAAGCCGGUCGGUUAUGGGUCGCCUGGCAUCGAUCACAGCUGGCGUGAAAGAAAAGCCAACACUCAUCCAGAAGGAAAUCACCCGCUUCGUCCGGAUCGUCGUGGUGCUCACGGUUAUACUAGCGGCCCUUAUCCUCUUCACCUGGGUUGGCUGGCUACGAGUUGAGCACCCGGCAUUUAUGAAUGUCGUGGAAAUGUUGAACGAUGUGAUGGGUUGUGUGGUCGCCUUCAUCCCCGAAGGAAUGCCCGUCGGCGUCGCCCUGACCCUCAUGAUCGUCGCGAAGAGGAUGAAGGCGAAUAACAUCUUGCCCAAGGGACUAGCCACCGUGGAGACCCUGGGUUGCGUCAAUGUUAUCUGCUCCGACAAAACCGGCACGCUAACACAAAACAAGAUGUUUGUGCAAUCGGUCGGACUUGUUGACCAAGAAUUCAGUGUGGAUGAGUUGGUGGGCGAGCAGCAGAAGUCGGUUCCACUCCCCCUGGCCCUUGAGCCCCUGCUGCGAGGUUCCAAGCUGUGCAACGACGCAUUUUUUGACCAGGAAACCUUGAGUUUACCAAUCAAUGAACGAGCUGUCAACGGGAAUGCAACGGACGCGGCUGUUUUGCGUUUGGCCGAAACCCUGGGACCGCAUGAAGGGAGUCGCCCUGACGAAUCUGAACGCAUCCACCAGAUUCCCUUCAACUCAAAGAACAAAUGGAUGCUCACUGUCCACAAUAACCCGACUUCGUCUACCCACUGCCUAGUCUAUGUCAAAGGUGCCCCAGAUGUCCUUCUCCCCAAGUGCACUUCAUAUUGGUCGAGAGACGGAGUGGCCAAGCCCCUAGAUGCUGCCGCCAAGGAUAUGUUUUCUGCCUUUCAACAAAAGCUAUCUCGACGCGCUCAGAGAGUGAUUGUGCUGUGCCAACGCGAAUAUGCCCCGGCCGCUGCGGUUGGCACAAAUCAGUUCAACGAAGAGAUGUUGGCCAAUGGCGUGCAAGACCUCACCAUUAUCGGUAUCUUUGGCAUCAUCGACCCCCCCCGUCCGGAGAUCCUCGACACUGUUGCCGCCUGCCGACGGGCUGGCAUCCGUUUUUUCAUGGUGACGGGCGACUUUGGCCUGACUGCCGCUGCAAUUGCUCGAGACAUUGGCAUUUUCACCGGCACUGCAGAGCCCGAUUCGGUCGCGGACCUCUUGUCGCCGGUGGCAUCACCUCAUAGGGAGAAAGACCAGCAAAGUUCGAGGCGGAGCUUGAUGGUGGAAGGAUCACAAAUCUCUACCCUCAACGAGGACCAGUGGAACUCCAUCUGCCAGUAUGAGGAAAUCGUCUUUGCCCGCACCACCCCGGAGCAGAAGCUCCGUAUCGUUGAGGAGCUAAAGGCCCGUGAUAGCGUCGUGGCCGUGACAGGUGACGGGGUCAACGACGCCCCUGCCUUACGCGCGGCUGAUAUCGGAAUUGCCGUUGUCUCCGGCAGCGAUGUGGCCAUUGAGGCGGCGGACCUGGUGUUAUUGGACAAGUUCGACUCCAUUGUGGAAGCCAUCCGGCUGGGUCGAUUGGUGUUUCAGAACCUCCAAAAGGUCAUCGCCUAUCUGCUACCAGCGGGCAGUUGGUCGGAAAUCUGGCCAGUGAUUAUGAAUGUCUUUUUCGGAUUACCCUUGCCAUUGAGCUCUUUCCUGAUGAUCAUUAUCUGUGUUUUCACAGAUCUGUUCCUAUCGCUAUCACUCAUCAUGGAGAAAGAGGAGUUCGACUUGCUCGGCCUCCCUCCUCGCAACCACAAGAGCGACCACCUGAUCAACCUGAAGAUUUACGGUCAGUCAUACCUGUUCGUGGGUAUCAUGGAAGCAUUCUGUGCGCAUAUCAUGUUCUUUCUGUACAUGUACAAGAAAGCGGGUAUUCCGUUCCACGCGCUGGUGUUCGCGUUUGAGAAAUACUCCGACGGAUUCUACGGCUAUACCGAGGCCGAGCUGACGCACUUCAACUAUGUUGGACAAAGCGUCUAUUUCGUUACCCUGGUGAUCAUGCAAUGGGGCAACGUUCUAUCUGUCCGGAGCAAGCGCAUGUCCAUCUUGCAGGCCGAUCCUAUCCGCAAGGGACGACGCAACCUGUGGCUUCCCCUGGCCAUGCUCAUUUCGUUGGUCAUUGCCAUUUUCGUGACGGAAGAGCCGGGACUCCAGUCCCUGUUCAAGACUGCAUCGAUUCCGCUGGAGUUCUGGUUCAUUCCAUUGGGAUUAGCGUUUGGUGUUUUGGUCAUGGAUGAGUUACGGAAGGUGUUGGUGCGCAUGUUUCCGAGGGGACCCAUCGCGAAGAUUGCCUGGUGAGGCCGGGUGAUGUUCCCAUAGGAUACCUGAUUGGAAAAUUCUUAUAUAAUGAUAGUACAUAUGUAACUGUGUUGAAUUAGACGAUAUGCAUCGCUCUUUUCAUAAUCUACCCUGACGAGCAUGGACCAGGUGUUUGUUUUUCGAAAGUUGCACCGGCUGCAAAUGAUGCAAAGGGACCAAACCCGUCAAAGCAUCCCGUGACCACUAGACCCAAUGCGGGCCAUCCCGCAAUCACUUGGCUUGGCAUUUGUGGCCCACUUUCACUAUUUCU